AUGUUCUGCGAAUUCAGAUGUCCUCGCAGAAGCCAAUGUUCUGCCAGUUCAGGAGUCCUUGCAGAAACCAAUGUUCUGCGAAUUCAGGUGUCCUCGCAGAAACCAAUGUUCUGCGAAUUCAGGACUCCUUGCAGAAGCCAAUGUUCUGCGAAUUCAGGUGUUCUUGCAGAAGCCAAUGUUCUGCGAAUUCAGGACUCCUUGCAGAAGCCAAUGUUCUGCGAAUUCAGGACUCCUUGCAGAAGCCAAUGUUCUGCGAAUUCAGGACUCCUUGCAGAAGCCAAUGUUCUGCCAGUUCAGGAGUCCUUGCAGAAGCCAAUGUUCUGCGAAUUCACAGGACUCGCUCGCAGAGGCCAAUGCUCCGCGAAUUCACAGGACUCGCUCGCAGAGACCAAUGCUCCGCGAACAAUUCGCGUGGCGAAUCUCCGAGUGCGGCCGCCUGAACGCGCCGGGGCUGCGAACAACCAGCCGGGAGCGAGUUCUGGGCAGCUGAGGCCGCAGCGCCGUCACAGACGGCGGCUCGCGGUUACCCGGCAGCCGCGGCACCCGAUUGUGAGGCCGGGCCGGGGCCGGGACGCUGCGGCCGGGCGGGGCCGGGGCGGGGGCGCCGGGCGGGCCUCGGUCCCCGCUCCAUCCCCCCUCGGUGCCGCCUCGGUCCCCGCUCCAUCCCGCCUCGGUCCCCGCUCCAUCCCCCCUCGGUGCCGCCUCGGUGCCCCCUCGAGCCGCCCUCGGUCUGCCCGAGUCCCCGUUCGGUCCCCGCCUGUUCCAGCCCUGGUGCCCCCGCGGUCCCCGGGCACAGCGGCAGCAAUUCGCUCCCGGGCCCGGAACGGGACGGCCCCGGCGGCAGCGCUCGAUAUCGCCGGAGCCUCGGCCCCAGCUCCGGGCUGCUCCACAUCGGGAAAAGCCCGGCUCUGAACAGAUCCUGUUCAGCGCAUCGCCCCAUGGCAAUCUGCCGGCUGCAGCUCCCGGGCGCUAACAUUUAGCUUCUCGUUCUUCUUAGGGACACACAAGUAGCAGAAGUCAUUUCCUGGUGUCAUGGUUUAUCACCUAAUCUGCAGCCAGGAAUUAGUGCUCCAGAAGACUCACCUUAUUACAUCCUGUAUUUUUCUUUGGCAUUCUCUUACACAAUACAGAUGUGCUAAAAGAAAAAAAAAAUACAGUAUUUAUCAACCUCUAUCUUCCAAUGAAAUGCAAGCCUGAUUUUCAGUUGCAUUCCCAGCACUCCCUGGCAGGGAGGCUGAUUGGGCUCUAACAGGAUGGGCUGUGUCAGACUGCCCGUACCAGGGCAGGGGCUCCAAGCUGGGUCUCGUGCAGAGAAGCUCAGAAGAGGCAGAAGAAAAGGCAGCAGCAAUCAUGUCAGCCUGUCAGAGCCCAGCCUCACACAAAACAACAGGAUCCAAGAUGGUCAAAGCCGAGUGACCCAAAAAACUCUGCCUGAAAUUGUUGUACAGAGCCUGACAGUUAUGGACAAGGCCUGCUUUAAUGGAAUGAAGCCACUACAGAGGGGAGAAUGAAAUGAAGAGAAACGUACCAUGUGAAGAACUUCUAUCUGAUUCUGACACUUUCUUUUCCCAUGUAAUUAUUAAUGUGUUUUUUAAAGUCUAUCAAAAUUCCAUUCAGGUGAACUAUAAGAACAGGAAUAAGGGUAAUGCAUUGAAAGAUCCUGUGUUGACAAUCCGUUUUAGGCAGUAACCUUAAUCAAGGUUCACUUUACAUUAUAUGGUAUUCUUACUGUAUAGUAGAGU